AUGGACAGCUUCGACUUAGCUCUCCUUCAGGAGUGGGACCUGGACUCUCUGUGUGUCUAUGAGCCAGAUAGAAACGUGCUGCGAAGGAAAGAAUGGGAAAGGAGAAAUCAGGAGGCCCAGCAGGAGGAUGGAGCAUUUAACCCGAGUUACUCCCUCUUCAGUGAACCAUACAAGACUAACAAGGGGGAUGAGCUCUCAAAUCGCAUCCAGAAUACUCUGGGCAACUAUGAUGAAAUGAAAGACUUGUUAACUGACCGAUCAAACCAGAGCCACCUUGUUGGGGUUCCAAAAUCUGGGAUUCCUCAGACAUCUCUCCCCAAGCCUGAUGAACAUCUUAUUGCAGACUCGAGACCACCACCUCCUCCUCCCAUUUCCAGCACUACUUCUUCCACACCAGCAGUCCUAUCUGCCCAGCAAGGCAAAAGCACCACAAUGGGUUGGCAGAAGGCUGGGCACAGUGCCCCUUCAGAUGGCCAGCAGAGAGCAAGCAAGCAUGGACACCGGUUGCUGGAGUCACACAAGGGUGACUUCAAACUUGCAAACCCAAAAUCCAGUCUGGAUAAACUAAAACGCUAUGCAUCGAGUCCUACUUCCUCUUCUUCCUCCUCCAAUGCUUCCCAGCAAAGCUCACUGAGGGCCACACUAGGAGACAAUGUCAACAGGUUGCAGCAGCCAGCAAAGCUCAAUUGUAGCUCAGAAGGCGGAGCACAAGCGCAAGAGAGGCCAGCAAAGCAUGGUGGUGGCCACUGCGUCCAAAACUUCCCACCGUCUCUUGCUUCAAAGCCCAGUCUGGUUCAGCAGAAACCAACAGCUUAUGUAAGGCCAAUGGACGGUCAAGAUCAGGCUCCUGAUGAGUCUCCAAAGCUGAAGUUACAAGCAGAGACAACCAAGUCGUAUAGGGGAGUGCCUUCUAACAAGCCUGAUUCAGCCAGGACCAAGUCAAAGAUAGCCAAGUUCAACAUUCCUAAGCAGGAAGGGGGCAGUGGAGCUGGGGAUAACAGCUGCGUUGAAGAAAUAUUGCGGGAGAUGACCCAUUCAUGGCCUGCUCCACUGUCAGCUAUUCACACACCAGGAAAGGCAGAACAAAGCAAAUUUUCCUUCCCAAACAAGGAGUCACAACAGGGAUCUACAGGACACAGCAAUACAAGGAAAAGUGAUGUAGAGCCAAAGAGUCCAGAGAAAAGCGCAACCCAUACAUCAAUGCUAGAAGAUGACCUCAAGUUAAGCAGCGAUGAAGAAGAGAAUGACCAGCAGGCAGCACAGAGAUCUGCUCUCCGCGUUCUAUCUGACAGCCUGGUGGUGCCGCAAUCCAACGCCCGAGCCUCGGGACUCUCCAGCAAGGGGUCAAGCAGCAGCAGCUCCAGUGAAUCCGAGACCAGCUCAGAGUCUGACUCAGAGAGCGAAAGCAGCUCCAGCGAGAGUGACGGCAGCAAGCCCUCCCAUUACUCCAGUCCAGAGCCCGAGCCACCCUCAUCCAACAAGUGGCAGCUGGACAAGUGGCUGAAUAAAGUCACCCCACACAAAGCACCCAUCCUGACCCACCAUGACGGCCCAGCACUGGAAGCCCACCCUUACUACAGCCGUGUGAAGGCAGAGCAGCAGGAAAGCGAGAAGACCCCAGCCACCGGCCCAGCCGAGCACCGCAGCGGGGAGGUCCGUGCCACCACCACCGCCACCACCACCGCCACCACCACCACCACCGGGGACGGACCGCGGCCCAGGACCGCCAACAAAGCACCGGGCAGCAAGGGCAGCCGGCAGAAGUCACCUCCCGCGGCCGACGGUGGGCCUGCAAGGCGGGCGGCAGGGAAGAAGGCACCGCGGCGGGCCGAGAGGACCUCUGCCGGGGACGGCCCCCACUGCCCCAGCGCGGAGGAGCCCCCCGGGAGCCACAGCUUUGUGGAGAGCACUGCUGGCGAGGCACCGAGGGCCCGGCCUGGCGGCGGCAGCACCAACGGCAGUGGCUGCAGAGCGGCGCACCGCCGGGAGCCCCGCCAGGCCGCAACCAGCGAGAAGCGCCGGGCCCGGGGGCCAAGCAAAACGGCGCCUAAGUCCAAGGAGUUCAUCGAGACCGAGUCUUCAUCCUCAUCAUCCUCCUCUGACUCGGGCUCCGAGUCGGAGCGGGAGGAGCGCCCGCUGCCCAAGGCGCCCGUGGCGGCCGGGUCCGAGCCGCGCAGCAAGGACGCGGGGACCAGCGCCGCCAGCAAACCCCACGGUGGCUGCAGUGCCUUUGGCUCCAUUAAUGCCAGGACUAGUAGUGAAAUAGCAAAGGAGCUGGAGGACCAGUUUUACACCCUGGUUCCUUUCGGUAGGAAUGAGCUCCUGUCUCCUCUGAAAGACAGUGAUGAGGUAAAGUCACUGUGGGUCAACAUUGACUUGGCUCUUUUGUCCAGGAUUCCAGAGCGUUUGCCUGAAGAGCCGCUGGCCAUGAGCGCCGGAGCAAACCAGGCGGCCAGCCUCCCGCAGGGUAGUAGUGCUGACCCCCCCACAGAGAAAGGUGUACCGAAAUCUAGAAGGAAACGCAAGUGUGAGAAUGAGGAAGAGUGCAGAGACAUCAAGAAGGCUCACUUAGAGCGAGAGAGUUCUUCACGAUUAGCUGCCUCUGCCCACAGCAUCGCAACAGCAAAUCACUGCAAUAUGAAUGAAAAUAGCUUGGCAAUACCAAUAAAUAAAAAUGAGAAAAUGCUUCGGUCACCUGUCUCUCCCCUCUCUGAUGCAUCAAAACACAAAUACUCCAACGAUGAUUUAAAUUCCUCCAGCAGACCUAAUGGCAGCAGUCUAUUACCUUCCAUCUCCUCCAGCAAAAAACAUAAGAGUGAAAUCCAGUCGCAGCCACAUCCUGGAGACUUCAAUAAAGCAGUUCAUAUCAAUUCAGAAAAUGCUCUUCUCUGCAAUAAGCCACAGCCUCAAACAGAGCCUUGGUCACCUCUGUCCAGCACACCCAGGGACUGCAGAAGGACAAAGCUUACCUUUGAUGAUAUGCCACGCAAUGCAGAUUACUUUAUGCAGGAAGCUAAACGGAAGAAGCAUAAAGCAGAUGCAAUGGUGGAAAAGUUUGGAAAGGCACUGAAUUAUGCAGAAGCAGCACUAUCAUUUAUUGAGUGUGGAAAUGCAAUGGAACAAGGCCCAAUGGAAUCUAAAUCCCCUUAUACAAUGUAUUCAGAAACAGUUGAACUCAUCAGGUAUGCAGUAAGACUAAAAACCCACUCAGGCCCCAACGCCACGCCAGAAGACAAACAGCUGGCAGCAUUAUGUUACCGCUGCCUGGCCCUUCUGUACUGGAGGAUGUUCCGACUCAAGAAAGACCAUGCAGUCAAGUAUUCGAAAGCGCUUAUUGAGUAUUUCAAGAAUUCAUCAAAAGCUGCCCAGAACCCGUCUCCUUGGGGUGCCAGUGGAAAGAGCACAGGAACACCAUCACCAAUGUCCCCUAGCCCUUCUCCAGUCAGCUCUGUAGGAUCCCAGGGGAGCACAGGGGCCCCUUCCCCAUCUCCUAUCGUCAGCAUACCACAGCGCAUUCAUCAGAUGGCUGCCAACCAUGUCAGCAUCACCAACAGCAUCCUGCACAGCUAUGACUACUGGGAGAUGGCUGACAACCUGGCCAAGGAAAACAGAGAUUUUUUUAACGACUUGGAUGCAUUGAUGGGACCUAUCACCUUGCACAGCAGUAUGGAGCAUUUAGUUCAGUACACUCAACAAGGACUUCACUGGGUGCGGAAUAGUGCUCACUUGUCAUAUUGACUGUGUGCCAUUCACAUGGACAGUAUACCUUUCAUGGAUAAUUCAGUUAUUCUGGACACUGUGCUACAGAUACAGUCAACCACAGCAUUGAUCCAAACAAAGGUGACUCUUUCUUCAAUACUGAGUAAAAUUUUUCUGGGUGUAGACAUGUAUGUGUACAUAUGUACAAUAUACAAUGUCUCUUCAGAAUGAAUUGUUAUGUAUCACUCUCCAAACAUUUUCAUACACUAGAAAUACUAGAAAGAACUGAUCUUAAUGCACAAAGCAUACCCUUUCUAUUCUUGUAUUGAAAACCUCAGAAACCAAAAUCUCAUGGGUUGAUUAAACCAAGUGCAAUAAGCACAGAUCCCUAUUCAGGAAAGCUCUCAAUAGAUUCCUAACUUUAAGCUUACACUGAAAUCUCAUUGACUUCAGCAGAGCUUAAGCACAUAAACAAUGGCUUUCCUGAACUGGAAUGAGUGAGGGCAAAUCAUAGACAUGGAGAAGUUAUACUGCGAGCAUGGACACAUCACAGCAGCUUCAAUAUUAAUGUGUCAUUUCUCUGUUACUUCUCCACUGGGGCACACAGUGGAGAUGUGUAGCUUGCAUUAAGUUGGAGAAAGAUGGCAUUCUUUCAUGUGCAAUAAGUUUCAACAAAUUGCAUGCGUUUCUUUAUCUCCUGUCUUUUUAAAUAACUUUACCUCUUGUUCAGAUCCUCACCAACAGUAUAACCUACAGGAUCAAGCAAAAAGCCUAAAAACAGAUAUACUGACAGCAAAAGCUUUGAAGAGAUGGUGGGAAAUUGCAUUCUGUCACUGACAGUAAAUAGAUAAAUGAAAAAAAUAUGGCAAACUGCAAUCCACUUAGUAAAGAAAAUGUGUUAAUUUAGCUGCAUACACUCAGAGAGACAGAGAGAUAUCCAUAACAUUUGUUGGCUUUGCAUGGGAAGGCUUCAUCCCACAGAUUUUUACUUUCAUACCUUUCUUCAUCUAGCAGAAACUUGCAGCAUUUUCUUCUAGGCUGUAUGAGAGCAUUACAUGCCAUUUCCUUUAUUUGGGAAGCUGAGUUUGCUGCUCGUCAGGCUAAGAACUGUUUCCUGUCAUAAUCCUCUCACUCUUCGUGCAUAAUCCUCAACUAGGCUUUAAUGUUUCUUGACUUAUGGGAUGUUUUCAGUUCCUGUUGACAGGCUGUGUUUUUCAUGCCAGAAUUAAUCCCACAGUAAUUGGAGUUUAAUUUGGGUCAGCUGAGGUCAAGGCCAGUUCACCUCAACUGUGCCUGCAGUCAGUGCAUUUUUGUUCAUUUUCAGUGGUUUUCACAGAUUUAGUUUUCUGUACUUUAAAAAAUAAACUCUGUAAAUUUAAAAAACAAUACAUAUAUUUUUUGCAAUUGGAUUUGCAGCCUUUACUCAGUUGAGCA